AUGGACAUCGAUUUGGACGAUCUCGACGCUCCAAAUCAAGGUCCUUCACGACGCGCCAGGUUUGCUCCGAAGAACUCUAAGUUCAAACCAAAACCUAAAGCAGAACAAUCCAACUCAGAUUCAAUUCUACCUGUUAAACAGGAAUCAAAGUCUGAUUCCAUCGCUAUCGUAAAGGCUGAAAUCGAAGACGUUGUGAAAAUUGAUGAUGAAUUAAAACUUGACCCGAUGUUACUAGACACCACGGAGUAUCCGAUUAAGGAGGAUUUGAUUAGUGUUGGUGAAGAUCCGAUGGAGCUGGAUUGUGUUGGGGGGGAAGAUGAUGUUGUUAGAGAGAUUGAUGUGUAUUUUGCACCUUCUGUGGAUGUUAAUUCGAAGUUGUAUGUUAUGCAGUAUCCGUUGAAGCCGUGUUGGCGUCCGUAUGAAUUGGAUGAUCAAUGUGAGGAGGUGAGGGUGAAGCCGGAUUCAUCGCAGAUUGAGAUUGAUUUGGCGGUUGAUGUUGAUUCGAAGAAUUAUGAUUCGAGUAGUGGAGUGAGGAUGAGUAAGCAGGUGUUGGCGUCUUCGGGGAAUUUGCCUUGUAGGAGUGGUUAUGCUGUUGGAGUUUUGGUUGGGAAUAAGUUGUAUUUGAAUCCGGUGAAUGGAGCUGUGCAGCUUCGUCCGUCGUUGAAGCAUAUGAAUGACGGAGAGGAGAAGAAGGUAGCGAGGAAAGUUAAGAGUGAGAAUGUGGAGGAUUUAGGGGAGAAAGAUGAUUGGAUUCGUCUCAAGUAUAAUGGCUCGAAGAGUGAUGCUUCGAGGCAGUAUUUACACAAAAUGAUGGUGGAGGAGCGUGAUGAGAUUAGGUUUUUAAUGAGUACGGGUGAAUAUGUUGAUUCGUUUUGUCCGCGUAUGCUAAAUAAAAAAACCGGUCCUACAAGAAGCGAGUUGCUUAAGUUGCCUCUUGAGGAUCGUAUUAAGACUUGGAUAUGUGAGACCGGACCGGUUCAUCGAUAUAAUGUACUUAAGUAUUUAGCUGCGGGUGAUUCUGAAGAAGAUGUUUUAGUACUUGUUAAGAAGCUUUGUUGUUUAGUUCAAGGACUAUGGGUUCCGAAGAGUUCGUUGUUGAAAUUGGAAGGAGUUGAAGCAUUAGUUAGGGAUUAUGCAUUGUAUCUGUUUAGCAAGAAUCAGAAGAUUAAUUUUGGUGAUAUACCAAAAAAGAUGAAAUUGAAAAGUGCAAUGGAAGAUGUGCUUAAAGUUUUUGCUAUACGGAGACCUGAUUUGAAAGAUUGGAAGUUCAAGGAACCCCAAGAUGUGUCCUUUGUGCGAAAACAUCCGGAUAUUGUUGAUGAACAAGAUAAAGCUUGGGAAGUGAGAGGUGAAAAGUUAUACAUUCAAAUAUAUGGAAAAGAUCCUCCAAAAAUGGAUAUGACUGCUAAGGUUGUUCCGAAAUUGAAUGCUAAUAAAAAAGUGGCAGAGGCUUCACCCCAAACACUGCCUGUUAAGUCUGUUAUAUCGGAUAAGGCUCGUGAAGUUUUAUUGAAGGCGAUUGAGAAACUUUUGCACACUCACAAAGUUUGCAACUUUCAGAGGCUAGGCCAACUUUUACGGGAUACUAGUCUUGAAGUUCCCCCACCUCCAGAACGUGAACUGCGGGAAAUUAUUAAGGAAGUUGCUAUAGAUAUUCAUGGUGUGUUUGUUUCAAAGACAUCGCCCGAUCACUCAUAUGAAGGAUUGAGGAGGACUGUUAUUGACCUUCUUAUUGUUGAAGGACCAAAUGCAAAGCUUAGAAAAGCUGCUAUCAUUGAAGCUGGCAAAAUAAGGCUUAAGAGGGCAGAUAUACCUACAGUUGAAUACAAUAAGGUUAUGCAGGAGUUGUGUGUCUCGCGAGGCUCUGUUUGGACGCUGAAAAGUGGUGAUGGAGAUUAA